AAGCAUUAUCAACCCAAAAUGAAUCCAGCAAACUUUUAUCAAUUAAACAAUCAAACACCAUCUCAAUUUGAUUCAAACAACAACAACAACAACAAACAAACAAGUUUACCUUCAAAUCGAUCAACUUGGUCAAUCUUACCUGAAUCAAAUCAAGCCUUAAAACCAUUUCAUUCUUUAUCUAUCAAACCAUUUCAACAAGCUUUAUUUACGACUUAUCCUUCUAGAUUAAGAUUAGGUACUACUUCUUUAGUACAACCUAUUAUUACUAAUACUUAUAUUCAACAAAGAACCGAUCGAGCUCAUUCACCUCUUGAUCAUCAUCAUCAUCAUACUAAUAAUCUUGGUACAUCUCAUUCUAGUCAGUUUCAUUUGGUUCCUGGAUCGGUUUCUGAUCUGGGAAGAAGAACUAGAAAAGUAGUCAAUUAUUCAGAACAUGAUUCAAAGUUACCUGAAUUCGAAUUAGAAACAAGUUUAGAUGAACGAAAACCAUUGACAGCUAGACAGAAAGCAUGGAAUGUGAAUCAGAACACAUCAUCAUCAUCAUUGGCUAUUAAAAAUUCAAGUUCUCAUCAAAAUUUUAAUAAUAUCACUACUAAUACUACUAAUACUAAAAGAUUAGAAGCUUUGAAGAAACGAAAGUAUGGUGAUGGUAAGAUUUAUUUGGAUCUCGAACCACCGGCUAAAUUGAUUAAAGUUCAAAAACGAAUUCGAAAACCGAUUGGGAUUAUGAAUUUGUUGAGUUUAGAUGAAAAGAAUGAAGCUCCCUUAGAAGAAGAUGAUCAAGACUUGAAAGAAAAAGUUGAUGGAGAAGAAGGGGAUGGGGAUGGGGAUGGGGAAGAUAGAUUGGUUCCUAUUAGGAUCGAAUUUGAUACGGAGGAAAUUAGGGUUAGAGAUGUGUUUACUUGGAAUUUAUCUGAAAAACGAAUUUCACCUGAAACCUUUGCUAUUGAAUUUUGUCAUGAUCUUGAUAUUUCACCUGUACAAUAUGUACCUAAGAUUAUAGAACAAAUCAAUUUCCAACUUAAAGAGUUUUCAACGAUUUCGAAUCUUAAAUUGUUACCUAAUCAAACCGAACUUGAUCAAAUGAAGCUUGAAGAACUUGAAGGCAUCGAACCUGAUCUUAGAGUGAUUAUUAAUUUGGAUGUUCAAAUUCAAACUUUACAUCUUGUUGAUAAGAUCGAAUGGGAUUUAGCAUCCAACUUAACACCUGAAUUGUUUACCAAACAAUAUAUCUCAGAAUUAAGUUUACCUACUUCUAGUUUACCGAUCAUUUCACAUUGUAUACAUGAAGAGAUUUUCAAGUAUAAAAAAGAAUGUGUUUCGAUUGGAUUGAUUUCGAAGAACUAUCUACAUUCUAGAAAACAUCAAGCUCAUCAGAAUCAAAGGUUUGAAUCAUCUGAUCCACUUUUGAGAGAAAGGUUUAGUCUUCAAAAAGGGUGUAGGAGAUUAGAAGGCGUUUGGAGGGAUUGGAAUGAGUGUAAUUUGUUUGGACCUAAGCUCGAGUAUUUGAAUGGUGAAGAUUUAGAAUGGAUCGAAAUUGAAAAAGAAAGAUUGAUUAGGAGGGCUAGAAGAGAGACUGCUAGAGUUGGACGUAGAAGAUGAAAAGGAACAAAAUGGUUGAAAAGGGGAAAAAGGGAAAAGAGGGCAAGGAUUUCAAGAUUGAGGUUUUUGGUUUUUGGUUUCAUGUUUUUUGUAUGAUAUUUUUUUGUUUGGUUUGGAUUAAUCAAUUUGAAGUCAUAAUUGAUUUAAAGAGUAAAUAGAUUCAUGAUUUAAUAAAUAGGAAUUUAUGAAUUUGUGAAUU